AUGGCAAGCCAGCUUCGAAAUGUUCUUAUCUUUGGAGCCACGGGCGUCAUCGGCGAGAUCAUCGUCGAUGCCAUCUUAGCCGCGCCACCCGGUUCUUUCGAUCGCGUUGGCGUUUUCACCUCGCCAUCGACGGCCGAGUCAAAGCCCGCUGUGCUGGACUCAUUGCGUAGCCGGGGUGCAGAGACCUUUGUUGGCAAUAUUGAGAACAGCGACCAUGUCCGGAACGCAUAUCAAGGAUUCGACACCGUUGUUAGCUGUCUCGGUCGCAAUAUGCUUCUGGCACAGAUCCAACUGCUUGACCUGGCGGAAUCCUGCAGUGACGUGAAGCGUUUCUAUCCCUCCGAGUUUGGGACCGACAUCGAAUAUUCCAGCGAUUCAUUCAAGGAGAAGCCACACCAAGCCAAGCUCCGAGUACGGGAAUGGUUCAAGUCGUCUCCUAGACGUCUUGAAUACACGUACUUGGUGACCGGUCCCUAUGCAGACCUUUACCUGGGGAAGUUUAAUCAAGACCCUAGGGCUGGUUCGUUUGACGUUGAGAAAAGACAAGCCGUCCUACUUGGGGACGGCCGGGAUCCCAUCAGCUUGACAACGAUGAAUGAUGUUGGAAAAUUACUUGUUGCUUCUCUCGCUCACCCCGAAGCGUCCCGGAACAAAGCUCUCAAGGUAAAUUCCUUCACCACCACACCGAACGAUAUACUUGCCGAGUUCGAGAGGCAGAUGGGCGCACUGCUGAAUUGGCGGGUGCAGUAUACCAGCCUCGAAACUCUCAGGCUUCUGGAGGACAACGCUUACAAAGACGCAAACCCGCUGGCACCGAUUUAUACGCUACGGAGGAUCUGGACGGAAGGCGGAACAUUAUAUGAGUCAAGGGAUAAUGAGUUGAUUGGGGCGGCCCAAGUAGACACUCUCGAGGUUGCUGUGCAACGCGCUAUCUCUACAGCUGGUGAAGGGUUUCGUAGCGGGGAGCUAUGA